AUAUCCUGGAGUAAUUCAUUUACUCAAACAGUACACUGACUGAACUUAUGUGAAGAGAGAACUGAAGAUGAACACCGAGCGGAGCCAGGUAACGAAUCAAUCUUUUAUUCGUGUCUCAAGUCAAGAAGAAACAGUUCUCGGUUCAGUGUAUGAAUAAAUGUCUAAAAAAAAAAUAAUUAAAGGGAAGGCUGUGGCAAGUAAACGAUGCUCAGUUGGUACUGAGUGGCUCAAAGUUUUCCAAGAACAUAUCCCCCACACCAUUACAUCACCAUCACCAGCCUGAACCACUGAUACAAGACAGGAUUGAUGGGUGCUUAUAUGUUGUUUAUGCCAUAUUCUGAACCUGCCAUCUAAAUGAAAUUUAGACUCAUCAGACCAGACAACCUUUUUCCAAUCUCCUAUUGUCCAGUUUAAGUGAGCUAGUGUUAAUUCUAGCCUUUCCCCCCCUCUUCUUAGCUGAUAGGACUGGCACUUUGUUGUCUUCUGCUGCUUUAGCCCAGUUGCUUCAAGGUUCAAUGUGUUGUGCAUUCAGGGAUGCUGUUAUGAAAUACUGAGCCUAGCUCACAGUUGUCUGAUUACGUGGGGUCUAAUAAAUUUCGCUAAUGACUCCAGCGUCAAUUCCAUCAUUUCUCACUUAAGUGAGGAACACAGAAACGGGUGGGAGGAGUGAGGUACAAGCAGAAAUAUGCAGAAGUGCGAUUCUCAUUUUCACAUGUCAACUUAUUGGCCUAAACACAAAGGGAUUUUUACACUUGAGUCACAUGUGUGAUCACACACAGUGCCAUAUAUCCAGGAUUAAUAAACCCUUAAGGGGGAACUCAGCAUAUUAUCAAUUAGGGGGGCUUUGCUUUUUGAGUGUAUUCAUGUGUGAGAACAUAAGUCAAAUAUCUCCCAGUUUACUGUCAAUGACAUCUGUCAUUAUAGAAGCCACAGAGUAGUAAAAUGUGUUAGAUAGGACUCGGUGCAAUCUUAUUUAGUCAUAAUUGAAUAUAAUUGGAUGGUUAUAAUUGGAUUUCACAAAAUUACCCAGAGUAGCCUCAGGAUGGGGCAUGCAUAGGGUAAUGCAUUAUUACUAAACCAGUGAGCAAAUCUCUCUCACAUACAUUCAUAGUCACACACAUAAUCUUGCAUAAGUAUACUGUGUCAGAGGUAGGGAGAACUUUUUUAUUUUAUUUUAUUUACUUGUUUUUUGUUUUGAAUUGACCCCUAAAUAAGUCCAGCCUUAAAAGUGUGGCAUAAUGCAUCCAGCAACAAUAUAUGGCAGUGAUAAAUUCCUUGGUUUAAUUUAUGCUGAAAACUGAAAGAUUCAAGUUAUCUCUCACUGCUGCUCAUUGUCAUGUCAUAUGUAUGUGUGAUGGAAAGUGAUACAUCUUCUUUGCAAAGUUUUCAGUAACCGAGGUCACUUUGGGUUAUGCUUUCUAUGAGGAUAUGAAGUCUGAUAAAUGCUCUGUACUUACAAUGAUCUCUGACCAUGAGACAAACAAUCAACAUUUCUUUUUAAAACAUGGACAGAGGAAGCAUUCAACCACUAUUUUCUUCUUGAUCAAAAGACUCAAAGCUGUUUGGGUGAGACCGUGGGUUGAAAGGGUAAGUGUACUAUUAUAUGGCACAUUUGGACAUAGUAAAUAAUAUAAGAAAGAAGGAUGAUGGUGAUGACGAUAGUGAAGGUUUUUUUUUCAGCUGGCAGAACAAAGUCUGUAAAUUCGCUGAACUUCUUUGCAUUCAGUCUUUCAUUGUAAUCUAUAUUAUUUGGUGAAAGAAUGAGACCAGAAAUACAGUAAAAAUUCAAGGAAAUUAGGCUAUAAGAAAGAAAAUGAGAGCGAUACUGUGUGAGUUUAUUUGCGUAAGCAAAAGUUGGUAGGUGUCACUCACCAUUGAGAAGCAGUGACUGGACUUGUGAGUGUGGGUGUACUUCCGAACUGUUCUAAUGUUUCAUGUCCGCUUCAGCAAACACAAGCAACACUUUCUUACAAAUGCAGGAAACAAAUCAGGCUUCAGAGACAAGACUAUCGUAAAUAAUCACUUGUUUUGAUGGCAUGGAAAUGUUCAGAACUGAAGGAAUCAUUUGUUCUCAAUGCAAACAACUGGACUUAAUCACUUCAAAGCCCUGUUUUCCAGCUCCACAUCCCUUCUAUACAGCAAAUCCUGCUUCAUGAGGAAUGUAGUGCGUCGGUGUAUCAUUAAGAGCUUUCCGCCUUGCUGAGGAAUCAAAAGAGAGAAAUAAGAAUAAUUUGAAAAAACUAAUUACAGUAUUGGCUUCUCUAUGCAAAUUAAUUUAGUAGAAUUACAUACCCUAAAACAUAGAGGCCAAUAAAAUUGAAUGUUAAAAGGCAACAAAUGACACUAGUGAACGAAAGAAAUAAAGAUAAUUCAUCUAGGGGGCAAGUUGUCACACCAGCAAGAAACUCUCAUUGCUGUUGCCAUGGUGAGUAUUUUAACUAAUUCCCCCCAAACAAACUCACUACUGAACUGUUUGGAAUGGAGGCGUCUGAUGGCAAACGUCAAUCUUGAUUUCAUCUCUGUCUUUAUAUAGGAAAAGAUAUACAGAAAUCAUCACACGGGAACAGACUAAAGAGGUCAACAGGUCAAAUGUAUUUUUCUUACAAAAUGUAUACACUUUAAAGAACAUUUCUUCCAGUUUCAGAGAAUUUUAAAUCUAAGCCUUGCUUUAAAGCCAUAAGCAUUCAUCAAUCAGGCUCCUACAGAUCUUAAUCAAGGCAGCACCUUUUCUAUAACUCACAGACAGCUUUGUCCUAUCAAGGACAUAUCUGUAAUGAGAUGGAGCAAAUGGAAUGAGCAGUAUAGAUGACUCAUAAUCCCACUGAAUAAUAAGCCUUGAACCCUGUCAAACACGUGUCUUUCUGAAUCAGAAAUCUUCUAAAACUCACACACUCCCUAUUACCCAGAACACAAUGCAAAUAACCUUGUCCAUCUGCCAACUUACGAUUCUGCAUUUAAUAAACUGCAAAGCCUAUACUCUUCGAAUUUUCUCAUUAAUCACUGCUUCACAAAUCUUACAGAAAUAAUAAGCCACGGUCAAACAUAGACUGGACUGAAUUUUGCGUGCAACUCAAGACUAAGACGAGCUGUGAGUAGUAGUAGUAUAACUGACCGCACAAAUACGUCAAGGCUCUAUGUGUUAAUGACUUUGCGUCACUAGAAUAUGUUAGCAUCAUUAUUUGGUUCGUAUUUGGAGAGCCAGCUUGCCCGGGGUUGAGUGAGCGGAGCGCGCGAACGCCACAAAUAAAGGAACGCGCGCACCUGCGAGCAUUUACAACUCUGGAAAGACACAACUGAACAGCAUCCUCCUGAACCCCCGCUCAUCUCAGUGUAUCUAAGAGGUGUGGAUCUAAGGAUGUCCUGCGGUUGGUUGCUCGUGCUGUUCUCUCAUGUGCUGCUGAUGCUCGCGUGUCCUCGACACUCGAGCUGUGCGCUCGACUAUCCGUCAUUCACGGACGACAGCGACCAGUCGGAGCGCUAUGAGAAACGAUACAAUGAUAUUGAUUAUGACAGUUUUAUUGGCCUGAUGGGCAGGAGGAGCGCAGGAACAAAUCGUGACACCAAUCCACCAUUUAGACCUAAUAUGAAUGACAUCUUUGUUGGAUUGUUAGGACGGAGAAACACCGUGUCUGAUAUUCCUGUUCGGAGAGGACAGAGAAGAGGCAACAUUUUCUUAAAGGACAGAAUGCAGAGGUUUUGCUGUGGUGUAUGAAGCCUGACUUCUUCAGUCCAGAACUCAUCCACCGUGCAAUUUUGCCAUUCUGAAGAAAAAUUGUCCGUCUUUGUACGAUAACCAAGAUGUACGAGUUUCAGUUUAUUGUCAGUGUGUUCAUUGUAGUAUAUUUUGUCUCUUUUUAUGUAAGAUAACAUUUACAUUAACGCCAUUAAGAUUUCUGAGUACAAAAUGCACCAGACUCAAAUCAAAGGUGUGUUGAUAGAUUUACUUAGCAAUUCAGGAACGACAACAAUCCUGGGAUGAAAAGACAGAUGUAGGAAGACUGAAAAAUAUAUAAGGUAAACAUUGUAAAUUUUCUUGAUUAAUUUUACAUAUGCUGUAAAAAUACUAUUUUAUUUAUUUAUUCAUAGAACAGACCACAUAAAAAUAGUUUAAUGUAAAACAAGUCUUUAUUUAAUAUGCUGGUUAUUCUUCCUCAUUGAAUUAUUCUUGUCACACAUUUGCCUCACACACUCUUUUAUAAAUAAAAGAUUGCUGUGGAAGUACUGUGCAGGAUUCCCCUUUGUACAUAAAAGACCCUACCGACAAAAGAGAAUAAGAAAGGAACACAUAUACCUUUGGAUUAAAGACAAGGGCAUGAAACGCAUGAAUUCAGGAAUGCAGAAAUGCAGGGCUGGUUUUAAUGUUCGCACAGAGUGGUUCUGCUUCAUUUAUGACAAGCUGGCUUCCCUUUUCAUUACAUAAUCCACUACACAUCUCCCAGAGUGCAGAUGCAAAUUUCUAUGGGCCUUCUUAGUCAACACAAUUUGCAAAAAACUUUGCUCAAUCAAUGCAACGUCUCCAAAGAAAACUCUAGUCAUCUUAAGAUUUGCAUUUCUUUCUCUCUGUUCAAGAGCUGAAAUAUGCAAACUUAUGUCAACUUACAAAAGUAAACUCUGCAAAGGGAAUGUUUACAAAGGAAUUUUAGCCAGCACUUUUCUAAGGAAGAUCAUUUGCAUACUAGGAACAUAUGAGCAUGUUCAAACAUUUAGCUGACAACAGCUAACUUCUCUUUGAAAUCAUGGAAAUUUACC